CAUGUUCGCAUUUUCAUGGUUUUUGGCCGUUGAGCUUAUUUGCGCUGAAGCUCAGAUUAAGGUAUCGCAGUCUCCUAAGCUCAGCAAUCGUGUUGUCGGUGAAAGCACAAUGUUCUAUUGUGGAGUAGGGUACUUGAUGGAAAACCCAGACGUUGAUGUUUACUGGUGGAAAGUUGGAGAGCAAGGAUUACUGCAGUCUGUUAAUGACAGUAGAAAACGUUUUUCACCGCUGGAAAAAGGAAAAGCCACCUUUCAACUGCUGAAUAUCAGCGUCGGUGACAGGGGAUUAUAUUACUGCGGAGUGAAAAAGCAGCUUGAACCAAUGUCAAAUGGAACUGGAACAAAAUUAGUUGUUCAUGUCCCGCCAAGCCCAUUAAGUAUUACAUACAAUGAAACAGAAAACAAUGGUUCAGCGGCUGUCAUUUUUGAAUGUACAACUGCCGAAUUCUACCCAGAGAACAUCAACAUUUCUUGGUACAAGAAUGGUUUAACGGUUGAGACCGGGAUACAAUCAAAAUUGCAUUUAAGUGCAAGUGGUCUGUAUGUCGUUUCCAGCAUUUUGGAGGAGGCAUCGCCUGUCAAGAGCGGGGCUACUUACACUUGCCUGGCAAACCAUCCUACGGAACAAACGAAAACCGACAUCCGGUUCAUUCCAGAGAGCGUAACGAGUACAACAAACAUUCGAGGUUUCAAGAGCAGAAGGUGGAAUAUAGUCUAUGGAUUCGCAGGAUGUGGAUUCUUAUUCCUGUCUUUCAUCACAAUCGCAUGUGUAAUGAAGUUCAGGAAACUUAGAGCAGGAACGGGGGAAGCAACGGAACAAACGCCACCUGUUGAAAGACAGGUUCCACUAAACGAUAUGGUGCAAUACAGUGCAAUAAAUUGGUCCAAGUCAACGAAACGAAAAGAGGCCCACUUUCAAGAUGAUUCAGUAUUGUACAUCCAGACAAGGACAUUGAGAGCCAAUAAUAAUCCAACAUAUGCCGUUUUGGAAUUGGCGGAUUCACAGAAGCCAAGAAAGUUUGAACGCAAUGACGAACGUUCAGAAUAUGCUAAGUUGCAAACCAGUCAAUAACAACAAGUGAACAAGGAAUGAAUGCGUUACUAUGUGCAAAGAUGGAAGAAAUUUUGCAGUGCUUUCGCUUUAGCCUGUGAACUUCGACUUUCCUGCACCUUAUCGUAAUCGUUCUGUCAUUAUUUUUAACAUCUCGACAGAAUAUCAUCAGCUAGAACGGGCUUUGUGCAUUACGAAGUAAUCUAUUCCACGAGAAUUUGUAAUCAGAUGCUCAAAGGCUUUUGAGCUUCGAAUAUUAUCAGAUUAAAAUUCGCUUUUACACAUUCUUACACAUCAGACAUACAGUGUUGGCCUUCUAUGGAAUUUUAGUAAUGUAUAUCACAGCGAUAUAUGCUUACUGACCAGGUUCGCAAGGUGAAUUCCAGGCAUGGCGGGACUGUCAUAUGUCGAAAGAUUGGAGCGACUGGGCUUGUAUACUCUGGAAUUUAGAAGGCUGUGAGGGGGUCUUACUGAAACAUAUAAGAUUAUUAAGGGAUUGGACACGCAGGAGGCGGGAAGCAUGUUCCCGCUGAUGGGUGAGUCCAGAACCAGAGGCCACAGUUUAAGAAUUAGGGGUAGGCCAUUUAGAAUGGAGUUGAGGAUAAACCUUUUCACCCAGAGAGUGGUGGAUAUGUGGAAUGUUCUGCCCCAGAAGGCAGUGGAGGCCAAGUCUCUGGAUGCUUUCAAAAAAAGAGAUAGAUAGAGCUCUUCAAGAUAGCGGAAUCAAAGGUUAUGGGGAUAAGGCAGGAACUGGAUACUGAUUGUGGAUGAUCAGCCAUGAUCACAGUGAAUGGCAGUGCUGGCUCGAAGGACCGAAUGGCCUACUGCGGCACCUAUUGUCUAUUGUCUAUUCACUAUUGCUCUACGUGUAGAUCGUAAUGUCUACCUAUCUUAAUAUAAUUUGUCCACAUUGUACUACUUUGACAACAAAUUCCUAUACCUGGCUGCCCCAUUUUACUGCAAUCAUUCACUCUGUAUCCUGCAUGAACCGCUAUUGUCAUCAUACCGGUCAGUCUGAAAUCAGAAUAUAUCAACUAUAAACGUACUCAACUUUAAGAUUCCUUUCCACAUCUGAGCGUCAGCAGUUCUCGCUCUACAGAGUAGAGGCUUACAUCCGCAAAUUCUUAAUUCCCCCAGUUUCUACCCCAACUCUGAGAACAACGCUGUCAUUUUCUUGUCCACCUUGAACCUUAGCAAACUCUGGAGACAGUUUCCUAAGGAUUUUUCCACAGUCCAUUCAAUGAUGGGCUAUCUGCAUCCUCACAUUUGAAGACGAGUAAUGCCACUUCCUCAAAAAGCUCCUACCACCUGAUUGAAAAUACAUUUUUGAUACAGUUUAGAAUUUCCCUUGCAUUAACUCGCACUCAACAUUGGACAAAAAAAAAACAUCUAAUCUACUACUACAACCCAAUGAAUUAGCAGCCUUCCACAAUCUGCCUGCAGCUCUGUUCUACUGAAUUCUGUUAACGGAACAGUGAAGAUUGUGCACCUGUGCAAACAUGGAGUAAUACAUCUCCAUCUGUACCUGUCAGUUCUUUCGGAUAUAGGCUUUUACAUGCUGACCUUUACUUGUCUGACAAUUUCUCAUUGUGCAUAUUAAAAGAUUGCACAACAGGUAUAUGUUUUUUACGACGAAUUUUAGUGCCAUCUUACAUCAUAGGAUAACAUAUACGGGCAAAUAAUAUGCACUAUAUCAAGGCUAAUGCAUUAAUUUAUGCAAUCAAGGAGCAAAGAAUAUUGUGAUAAACAUAAUCUAAAUUCUACAAUAUGAAACCCGCCUUGCUCCCCUGACUGGCUGCAGUUUGUGUGGAUGCUGUGUAAUUUGCAACCCUUUUACAACUCGAUGCCAUGAAAUAACAAACAGAUCACUACAUGCGAUAAAAUUAAUUAUAUUUAUGAAUCUUAACUUAACUAAAGUGUUAGUAAAAUAAAUUUACAAAGAAAACCCAAAGGGCCCAUUGUAAUUAACAGUCAAAUGUGCACAAGUUGGAUCUCAACUCCUCCCAAAAUUCAUAUUCACCGAUCUUCAGUUGAUCUCCGCCCUUGGUUCAAUCGAAUAAUGGUCUUCCACAGGGUUGAAUCCUACGACCAGUUCUCCUUAUCUCCAGCGUCUUCUCUCUUCGUAUCCCACCGAACGAAGGACCCAGCUCACAUUCCAAAGCACCCGCUAUUUCUCAUCCUAACACAAACUCUGUAUCCCCAGAAAGACUAUUAUAUUAGCAGUGAAACCUUUUGCGGCGUGUUACAUGUAUAAUAUAAUCUUAUGACUUGUUUACAGGAUAGUGGAUAAUGUUUUUAAAAGAGGAGGUUUACAAAUUUAUAGUUUUUUUUUACCAUUUUUAUUGAGUUUUCAAACUUAUUUACAUGAAAUAACUAACCUCCCCCCUCCCCUUAACCCUUCCCCCCGAUACAUACCCCUACCUAAAAGACAAGAAUGAAAAAGAAAAACAAGGAAAGAAGGAAGGUCUCCACAUGCUCCAUGGGAUUCGAAAAGAAAAACAAAUAAUAUAUUUAUUUGUUUCUUUCCCCAAAGGACCAACAUCUUCAUUAUCAGAGCACCUAUAAAUACCAACCUAUCUUUUGUAAAUAAGGGCGCCAAAUAUUCAAAAAUGUAUCAUAUUUAUCUCUUAAAUCAUAAGUACAUUUUUCAAGUGGAAUACAGCUAAAACUUUCAUUUAUCCAACGAUCCAUACUUAAAUACGAAUCCGAUUUCCAAGGAACUGCAAGAGCGUUCUUGGCCACUGUCAAUGCGAUUUUUAUAACAUCUUUCUGGUAUUUAUUCAAUUGAAGUUUCGGUUUUAUCCCUUCAAUGUCACCUAAUAAAAAUAAUACAGGGUUAUGUGGAAGUUGAGUUCCAGUAAUUUGUUCCAAUAAAUCUCUUAAAUUUAUCCCAAAAAAGGUUGAAUUUGGGAACAGGACGAAGUAGAAUGUUAAAAAGUACUAAUUUCUACUACUAGCGUUUAUCAGAUAAGUUUGAAUUUAAUCUUUUUUUUUGCGGUGUAACAUAUAAUUGGUGCAAAAUUUAUAUUGUACUAAUCUGAGUCGAACAUUUAUUGCAUGUGUCAUACUGUCAAGAAAUAGUCUUGACCAAUUUGUUUCAUCAAUAUUAAUACUCAAAUAAGUUUCCCAUAUUUGUCGUGACUUAAGGAUUCCUAGUUUAAGUGUCUGGUUUUGAAUCAGAUUAUACAUAAAUUCCUUUUUGAAUUAAAGUUCCAAUUUCAUUAGGUUUCGGCAAAAACAUUGUUUGACCCAGUUUGUCUCUUAAAUAAGCCCUUAAUUGAAGGUAACCAAAGAAAGUGUUAUUGGAUAUUUUAUAUUUAUUCUUUAAUUGUUCAAAGGACAUCAAUAUACCUUCUUCAUAACAGUCUCCUAUACAUCUAAUCCCUUUUCGGUACCAAUGAUAUAAAAGUUGAUUAUCAUUGUAAAAGGAAUAAGUCUGUUUUGGAACAAAGGUGUAAUAACGAUUGCUUCAUUUCAUCAUCAACGUUUGUCUUAUUCCAUAGAUCAAUCUAAUGUUUUAAUAUAGGAGAUUCUUGCUUUUUCCGUAGCCAUUUACAUUCCCAUUUAUAUGUAAAACCUACGGGUGUUAUUUCUUCUAUCUUAUCUAAUUCUAUUGUAAUCCACGCGUGUUUUAUUUCGUCAAUAAAUCUAAGUUGAUUUGCUUUAUAAUAAUUCUUAAAAUUUGGAAGUUGUAACCCUCCUAACUCAAAUUUCCAUGUCAAUUUUUCCAGCGAUAUUCUGGACAUCUUACCUUU